UACUGUAAACAGGAGAGAUAGCUGUGAGGAGGAAAUCAGAGCCCAUUGUGGGCUCAUAAAAUGGAUGUCUUUUCAACUAAACAGAUGGCUAUCGGCCUAACAGAGGGACUCGGGUUCCUUUCUGCCCGGCCAUUUCCUUUGCUGAGUGUCUGUCAGAACCACCCAGCUGGGCGUUUCUCAGGACUGCAGGCUUUCAGGUCAAACAGAAAACCUGGGAGUGCCUGCAAAAGCCCCACGCAGGCGGGUGCAUGACGCAGGAGCUGGACGACAUCUCCCUCCCUGCUGCUGGGGGAGGUGGAGGCCGUGGUGCCCGGAUUUGUGCAGUUUCUCUCCAGCAGCCAGGACCACAGGGAAGAGAGCUUUGUGCUGACGUCGCUGAAGGCUUCCCGGGCUGAGCACCGCCCGCCCCUCGGUUCAUUUCAGAAGCUGGGACAUCCUCCACACACUGUCACCCUCACACCCGCCAGGAUGGACAAGACCCAGGAGCCCCCGGCCAUGACUGUCCACCUGCUGGCCAGCUCCGGGCAGGGUGCGCUCCUGCAGCAAGCGCUGGACCAGCUCCUGGGCUGCCUCUGCCCAGAGGCCCGUCUCUUCAUGGUGUCGGAGCGGGCCAGUCCCGUGAGCAGCUAUGACAGGGGCCACCCCAAGCGCUCCCGGUUCCCGGGGAUGUCCGUUCUGCUCUUCCUGCACCAGAGCCCUGGAGAGGAGCGGCUGUUUCGAGUCCUCCACUCCCUGCGGCAGUGGCCCUGGCAGAGCCACCCCGCCCUGAGCCUGCAGGGAAGCCCGUGCCCCCACAGCCUGGCCCGCCAGGAGUUCUUCACUCUGGACAACCACAUGCCCGUCUGGGGCGUGAGGCCGGUGCACGGCGGCCCGGAGGUCCUGCGGGUGACGCUCUACUGCACCUUCGACAACUACGAGGACGCCGUCGGCCUCUACGAGAUGAUCCUGCAGAGGGAGGCCGCCCCGCAGAAGAGCAACUUCUGUCUCUUCGUGCUCUACGCCACCGAGAGCUUCGCCCUGCAGCUGUCCCUGAAGCAGCUGCCCCUCGGGAUGUCGGUGGACCCCAAAGAGUCGUCGGUGCUGCAGUUCAAGGUUCAAGAGAUUGGCCAGCUAGUGCCUCUCCUCCCACACCCGUGCGUCCCCAUCAGCCGCACCAGGUGGCAAACGCAGGACUACGACGGCAACAAGAUUCUGCUCCAGAUCCAAUCGAAUCCAGGACUUGGUGUGAGGAACAGCGAGCUUUCCUUUCUGAAUGGCAGCCCCGGGGCUGACGUGCUUCCCCAGGGACCCAGGGCGGCCCCUGUCUCCACAAGGAGGACCCUGGAGCUGCGAAGGCGAAGGAGCAGGGGCAGGCGGUACAAAGCGGCUUCUCUGGAAUUCCCCAAACCCAGUGGGAACCCAGCGUCCAACAGCUCUCAUGGCACCUUGUGGCGAAACCCUGGCUGCUCAUCCCAGGUCAGCAGCCCAGCUACAGAUGCCCAAAUGCCUCUGUGUUCUUCCCACCUUGAACCCAGGACCAGAAUGAAGAUCUUUGGUCAGGAAAAUGGCUUUGAGAAACUGGAGGCAGAGACCAAUGUGGACACAGGGCACACCAUGGUCAACUCUGAAUUCAGACAAUUGUUUCUGAGCAGGUUUCCGAGGGAUCUGCAGACCAGCCAGCCACCACCAGCCUCCACCUUAGGGGCAGCUGCCUCCAAAAAUAACAAAAACUUGAAGGAAAGCAUCCAUCCUUUGUCACUUGCUGGCCAAAGGGACCUUGAUGCAAGGAAGACAAUCUCAAAAUGUCUUCAUCUGCCAGUUCAGGGUGAAGAAAAAGGAGAAGACGAAUUCUUUAUAUAGUAUAAAACACUGUGGUUUUCUAAGAUACAAGAUCAAAUACAAUGUUCCAGAAAGGGAGCAUUCUAUCUUGUUUAUCUGAGGGGGCCUGAAUGCUAGCCAUGCAUAGGUCUGUAUUGCUUUUAUUUGUUCAAAGUCUAAUGGUGCUGUAAGUGGUUGCUUGUUUUCAGCCAUGGUCGUGGUCAUAGACACACUAACCUUGCACCUAUCAGGAUAAUUGCAUUGUAUGGAAAUGAGUUGAACAUGUUUUGCAAUGUUGAUUAGUGUAUACAAUUUGGUUUUAAUUUUUUACUGGGGUGGCAUAGCUCUUCCCCCUGGACAUCGUGGACUAUUUAUUCUUUAGUGUUUUUUAAUUUUUUAUGUGACCUCCUUUUAUAACUAGGCCCUGCUCACCACAUGCCCUCUAAUGAUUUAAGUUGUUUGCAUAUGGAAUGAGUUAACAUGCAAAGUGCUUUGAAAAUUAGGAAUAACUAACUGUUUUCCUGUUUCAUGAGCAGAAAGGGAGGGUUUCCUGCUCCUCCAUUUCUCAUUUGCUUCUGCACUAUUCCAGUGGGACCAGAGGCUCAUGUGACUAACUAGAGAGGAAUGUCACAUGAUUGGAUGAUUCGAGAUCUCCACAGAGCAUUGGUUGGGCUAUUGGAGCAGGACUUGGGUUCAUCUGGUCAUGUUUGAAUUUCUAAAUAUCUUUGCAAUAUUCAUUCAUUCAACAAAUGUUUACUAGGCACCUAACUUUGAGUCACCUAACUUUGAUUUAUGAUAUGCAUAUAUUCUGUGGCCACCAAAUCAAAAGUGAUUAUGGUUCCACCAGUUUGAUAAAUCCAUCCUGUCAACUCAAGAAUAUAUUGAAAUCCAAAUUUAUACCUCUAGAAACUUUUCCCAUAAUUCAUUCUCACAGUUGCUGCACAAGGCUGUGGUAAGCAUUCACAACUUGCAGAUGGAGACUGGGCAGAUUAUGCAUUACAAUUAUAAUCAUAAUAGACAAGUUCUCAAUUGCUCGUAUGCUGUAUUUCUUUUUUUCAGUUGGGUCUAUACCACAUAAAAGUUCGAGUCUGUGUGUUUCAGUUAAGUUAUAAGGUUAUUCUUUUUUAUUAUAUAUAUAUUUU